AAACAGUUGAACAAAAAAAAAAAAAGAAGCUACCAAGCUUCAUCAAUGGCGGAUUCUGGUCCAGCCAGCUUCUUGACGCGUGCCAAUGCCAUACUUAGAAAAAAUUUAACCUAUCAGAAACGGAACAUAUGGAGCAAUGUUCGACUUAUUGUUAUCCCUUUCUACCUCUGCAUAGUUCUUGUGUUUAUUCAAGCUAUAUUCGAUUCACAAGUCACUAACUCUGUAGAUAAUCAAUGUGGUUGUCAAUGCAUUGACAAACUCGGAGACGGAAAAUGCGAAAUGAUCUGUGGUAUAGAAUAUUCGACUCGGGACCAAGGAUUCUUUUGUGCUAUCCCAAAACCACAACCAUGGCCUCCUUUGAUUCUAAUUCCGCGUCCUCAAGCUCGCGCUGUUGAUACCGGUUUCACUGAUGAAUCUUGCAGACGAAAAAACAAUUGUCCUGUAACUAUACUUUUCACUGGGAAUAAUCAAUCUCUUGGAGAAACUUUAUCUAGAAAUCUUUUCAGGAGGUCUUUUACAAUAAUGAAAUCCUCUGACCUCAUGUUUAGUAUAGCUAGUAAUGUGUUGGCUACAACAUCUAAAGGAGGUGCAACCAAUUAUCUUGAUUCAGCGAUUGUCUCAGAUCUUAGCAUUUACAACAUCCAAUCUCGGUGCCUUCCAAACUCGAACUUUUCAUUCUCAUUCGGAAAAUCACCUCUCAAUUUUACGAAAGAGAUGAGAUGCCUUCAAGGAUUGAAUCUUUGGAGAAACAGCUCCAUAGAGGUCAAUCAUGAGAUUUUCAAAGGUUAUGAGAAAGGGAAUUCUGAUGGGAACAUAAGUGAGAUUGUUGCAGCAUACGAUCUCUUGGACACUGAUAGCACUAACUUCAAUGUUCAUAUAUGGUACAACGAAACGUACAAAGGUGAAUCAGGAAAUAAGCGUUAUAAGUUGGUCCGAGUUCCCCGCUUAGUCAAUAUGGUGUCAAAUGCGUAUCUUCAGUAUUUGCAAGGCCCUGGGACAAAGAUGUUGUUUGAAUUUGUUAAAGAAAUGCCUAAACAAGAAACUAAACUUCGUAUAGACAUCGCGUCUCUAAUUGGUCCAUUAUUCUUCACAUGGGUUAUUCUUCUUCUGUUCCCUGUGAUAUUAAACUCAUUGGUGUAUGAGAAGCAGCAACAUCUAAGAAUGAUAAUGAAAAUGCAUGGCCUAGGAGAUGGUCCUUAUUGGGUGAUAACCUAUGCCUAUUUUCUCGCCCUAUCCACGUUAUACAUUAUAUGCUUGAUGAUAUUUGGGUCAGCUAUAGGACUGAAGUUCUUCCUGUUUAAUGACUAUAGCUUCCAGUUCAGUUUCUAUUUUCUCUUCAUAAAUCUGCAAAUCUCCAUAGCCUUUCUAGUUUCCUCAGCAUUUUCAAAGGUCGAGACAACAUCAGUUGUUGCUUACCUAUACGUGUUUGGAUCUGGGCUCUUGGGCGAGUUCCUCUUCCGGUUUAUGUUGGAAGGUUCAUCGUUUCCUAGAAGCUGGAUUUUUGUCAUGGAGUUGUAUCCCGGCUUCUCCUUAUACCGUGGGUUGUAUGAGUUCGCCCAGAAUGCUUAUCAAGGAAGCUUGAAUGGGAAAGAUGAGAUGAAGUGGAAAUAUUUUAGUGAUAGUGAAAUGGAUGAAGUUUUCUACAUCAUUAUCGUUGAGUGGUUUAUUGCACUCAUUGCAGCAUACUAUAUCGAUAAGAUAUCUUCAUCGGGAAAAGACCCUUUGUUUUUCUUGAAAAUCCAUAACCCUUUCCAAAAAUAUCUCUCUCCACAAAAGCCUAGCUUGCAAAAACAGGUCUCAGCAGUUUCUGUAGAAAUGGAGAAACUAGAUGUCAUUCAGGAGAGUGAAAAAGUUGAGCAACUGAUGCUUGAGUCAAGCACAAGCCACGCGAUUGUAUGUGAUAAGCUAAGGAAGGUGUAUCCUGGUAGGGAUGGGAACCCGCCUAAAAAGGCAGUUCGAGGGUUAUCUCUCACUGUGCCUUCAGGAGAAUGCUUUGGCAUGUUAGGGCCCAAUGGUGCUGGCAAGACUUCUUUCAUCAAUAUUAUGACUGGGCUUGUGAAACCAACAUCUGGAGCAGCUUUUGUUCAAGGUUUGGAUAUAUGCAAGGAUAUGGACAGAGUAUACACUAGCAUGGGUGUAUGCCCGCAACACGACUUGCUAUGGGAAACACUGACAGGAAGGGAACAUCUGCUGUUUUACGGGAGACUUAAGAACCUCAAAGGCUCUGAUCUGAACCAAGCUGUGGAAGAGUCUCUUAAGAGUGUCAACCUUUUCCACGGAGGAAUUGCGGACAAACCUGCUGGUAAAUACAGCGGAGGUAUGAAAAGGCGGCUCAGCGUAGCCAUUUCACUUAUCGGGAAUCCUAAGGUGGUUUAUAUGGAUGAGCCAAGCACAGGACUUGAUCCAUCCUCGAGAAAGAACUUGUGGACUGUCAUCAAGCACGCAAAAAAAAACACUGCGAUAAUCCUCACUACUCAUUCAAUGGAAGAAGCAGAGUUUCUCUGCGACCGACUGGGAAUUUUUGUUGAUGGAAGGUUACAAUGCAUAGGGAACCCAAAAGAGCUUAAGGGAAGGUAUGGUGGAUUUUAUGUGUUUACGAUGACAACAUCAUUAGAACAUGAGAAAGAUGUGGAGGUGUUGGUUCGAGAUGUUUCUCCAAAUGCCAAGAAGAUAUAUCACAUAGCAGGGACACAGAAAUUUGAGAUCCCAAAAGACGAAGUUCGGAUCUCGGAAGUGUUUCAGGCGGUAGAGAAGGCGAAGAGCAAUUUCAAGGUGUUUGCUUGGGGUCUUGCAGACACAACUCUGGAAGAUGUUUUCAUUAAGGUUGCUAAAACUGCUCAAGCCUUUAAUGUUUUCUCUUGAAUCUUUUUAAAAUUAUCUUCUUCUUCUUUUUUUUUUUUUCUUUUUUUUUCUGUUUAAUGUCAAUAUUUGUUUGCUAAGGUUUGAUAAAUUGGUCAUGCAGAU